AUGGGUGCAGGGCGGCUUCGCAAGCUGUCCCAGUCGUUCAAAGCCUCUGCAUUUGGCCAUUCCAAUGCCUCAAGCCCUUCUCCUACUCAACCAUCCUUCAGUCCGCCUACUCAGUCUCAAAUAGUUAACAAGGAUCCUUCAACCCACCUGCAGGUCUCCUCCGCCGAUCACCCCAGAUCCAAUCCUCGAAGCGAGCGGACUUCCCCUCGGCCUACAUCAAUGAUCUAUGUGUCUCCUGCAGUGGAAGUUGGAAGGGAUAAUCAUGUGGAAGAAUUAGUACCUGUAUUCAGUUUCUUAUCGAGCCAUAGCAACAAGCUUUACCAAGAAGGAUAUUUUCUCAAGUUGAACGAUCUAGAUACUCAGGGAAGACCAAACGCCGACCGGAACUGGACCGAAUGCUUUGCUCAGCUCGUUGGAACCGUCCUUUCCUUGUGGGAUGCUGCAGCCCUCGAUGCAGCGGGUCAGGAUGGAGAGGUGGCGCCUACAUUCAUCAACCUGGCGGAUGCAUCCAUCAAGAUGAUUGAGACCCUCCCAACACGAAACGCCACCGUCCAGCCAUUACAAAAUGUGCUCUCGAUAUCCACUGCCGGCAAGAACAGAUACCUGUUGCAUUUCAAUUCCUUACAUUCGCUCACACAAUGGACCGCAGGGAUUCGACUGGCCAUGUUUGAACACUCGUCUUUACAUGAGCUCUACACCGGGUCUCUAAUAGCUGGUAAGGGCAAACACCUGAACAGUAUUCGGACUAUCAUGGAACGAUCAAAGUUUCGAACGGAAGACUGGGCGAGGGUACGAUUUGGUGCUGGAACUCCAUGGAGACGGUGCUGGUGCGUGAUCGAGCCUCCAGACGAGAAGGAAUGGCAGAAGUCCAACAAAUCCUUGAAGAAAAAAUCUGCAUAUGAACGGCCGUCCUUGCCCAAAGGCUGUAUCAAGUUUUACGACUCGAAGAAAACGAAAAAGGUCACUCCAAUCGCAACCAUCACAGAUGCAUAUUCUGCAUAUGCCAUCUAUCCUCAAUCGAAGCCGUUGAUCGAUCAAUCAACCCUUGUCAAAGUUGAGGGUCGCAUUACCAUCCAUUCCAAACCAGAAUCAAAAACUGAAGGAUUUGUGUUUGUCAUGCCUGAAGUACAUCCGGCCGUCUCAGGAUUUGAAAUGAUGCUUCGGUGGCUCUUUCCGGUGUAUGAUGUGUUCCAUCUUUAUGGCCGCCCACAGCGGCUCAUCGCCGAUACCUGGGAUACUCGUGGACUUAUGUUUGCCAUGCCAAAGGAACGGCGCUAUGGAUAUCUGGAUAUCAUAGACGUUGCCUCUCUUAUACAUACCCAAGGGAGCGAGAAGUGGAACGAACGUGAAUGGCGGAAGCACUUGAAAGAUAUGACAUCCAAACGAAUCGAUAUGGUUGCGCAGACCAGGUCCAGUACCAACUUGGAGAAUUCAAGACACAGUAGGACGCAUUCGGAGACGCGACCUAGUUUACACUAUGAUGACGUAUCUCCAGUGCGCUCCCCACCAGGCUCUCGACAUCAGCACAACCAGUCCACUGAUGCAGUCUUUGCACCGCCGAGAAAAACCAUUACAGUACCCGCAAACGCUUCAUAUCUAGCCCCUGUUCAAAACCAUCACACUAGGUCUGUAUCAGAAUCUGUUGCAUACCCUUCACCUACAAAGGGACAUCAACAGAAGGAAAACUACGUUUCUCCUCGCCUGUCGCCUAAGUAUACUGACCUGGAGCCUAUCCAACCUCCUCCACCACCUCCAGGUCCCAGUAACCCAUACACUGCCAAUGUGUACUCAAACGAGACUGAUGCAUUUGACAGUCGAUACAGUUCAGAUAGCGAUGGUCAAGGCCCGCGGACCAAUCCUGAAGACGUUGUCCGGGACGUGCGCGAGUCAACCCCACCAGCACCCGUGGUAACGCCCCCGACAUUCCAGCAUCAAGCAGGAGAAAUACCGCAGAAGCGGCCAGACGCGAGACCAGAUUUGAGGCGAGAGAAAAGCCGCAUGUCAAAUGCAACUUUGUCUCAGAUGGUGGAUGUGAACAAAGCGGCAAAUGCGAACCAGAAUAGUGGGGGAGUGGGCCAAAGCCAUGCGGGUCAUGCAGGCCACGCAGCAAUGGUGGCGUGGAAUGGCAGCAGCCAAGCUCACCCAGAGAGUCAUCAGGGGCCACGAGGGGUAAUUCAUGAGACCCCCAACGACGAAGAAAUAUCUGCUAAUCAACCUGCCUCUCAAGCGACUACUGUACUAGCAGAUCGUGUUUUUUCUCAGAUUCCCGCUGAUGUCAGCUCGGCCUCCAGAUCGGCAUUCUCGAAUUCGAACGUUGCCCUGAUCCCACGGAAGCCUAUUACUCGCAAGCCUGUCCCAACCUCGAGUCCUUUUCUCCCUGUACCAGUUUCAAAUCAGUCUCCCGACAGCAUGUCUCGAUAUUCGGUCUCGUCAAGUGGGUCACCCGACUAUGAUAGCCCGCCUGAGGAUAUCAAUCCCACUAUUCUACCCGAGAGAAGGCGAACCGGGGUGCUACGGACAGUAGGCGAUCCAAAUCUUGGGAACGCCAAUGCAACGGAGUCGCCCAAAGUGGAUAUACCACUUGUCGAUUUCGGCACAACAUUCACGCCUAUGCUGACCCCAGGGCACAGUCGCCCUCCAACGGGCGGUGGUCUAGGAGGGCAUUCGCCGGUAGAUCAACCUCAGACAGCGCCCACUACUCCACUGACCAAAUCCCCUCGUGAUCGUUGGACUCCAACAGACGAAAAAAGGGCAUCCUUUAUCGACAGAUCCAGUCCUUCGGCACCCCAUGGCCGCUCGAAUAGCCAGGUGUGGCACGCAGGAGCAACAAUAGGACGACAAAGUCCCGGCGGCGGACUAACUGCGGAGGAGUUUGUUCAGCAACGUGCGGUAGCCGCAAGGCUUCCUGGUGGAUAUGUUCCUCAUCGAAGCGUCUCAUACAGCAAAGUUGAGCAAUCUCCGAAUAAGCUACAGAAAAGGAGAGACACCGGCGGUCGGCCUAGUUCGAGAAAUUCUCUCCUCGUUGAGUAUUCGAGCCACAUGUCGGCACGAGAACAAGAACACGUUGCCAGGAUGACAGGAGGCCCUCUACUCAAUAUAACCGAGAGGAGUCGCACUCCAGACCCCUCAAUCGGAUUGAUCGGGGCUAUCGAGGCGCGUGAGCAGGAACGGAGGAAUAUCAAGGAAGGUCUGGCCGGGCACAUGGUGCAGGAAGCAAUAGCGCAACGGCAAGCAGCCGAUCGUACAUAUGGAUAUCAACAGAAUCAAGUCUACAACCCGAUGACGGAUCCACGACAGAGUGGUCAAUGGACAAAUUCAGCAGGCUCUGUUUGGGGCAUGCCUCCUAGCAUGUCAACGCAACCAUAUCAACCGUGGCCAACUCAGCAUCAAUAUUCAACUUCGUACCAACAGCAGUCGAUGUACCAAUAG